ACACACCAGAGGAAGAUACCUGGUUUUCCUGUCCGGCGGCUCACUCGUACUCUAUAUAUAGAGAGAGAGAGAGUUAGAUCCAUCUUCAGAUUGUAUCUACAUUCUCCUCAAAUAGAAUCCUUAUGCUUUCUCUCCCUUAUUCAUAUUUUUGUUUUAAUUACCGUUUUUUCUUAUUAUUAUUAAUCAAUGUCUUCUGUAGCCGUCAUUGAUUUUGUUGUUGCAAUUUUGUUUUGAAUACCUAAAAAAACCCUAUGGCUAUGACUGCUGAUUCUUCCUCCAACCACCACUCUCCACGUGAUGGUGUCAACACCAACAGUCCUCAGUUUCGCCGGAAAAAUUUACCUUGUCCCUGGGUACAAGUGGUUCGACGGGAACCGGAAUCGAUUUUAAAUGCUAAUCAUUCACCUUCUUCUCCGUCGUCCCCUCCUGCUGUCAAUUUUAUGACGGAAAAAAACUCUGACUUUUCGCCAUCAAAGGAGGCUGCUGCUGCGGCUGCUACUUCGGUGCAGCAAACAGCACUGGAUAAUCAUGUGGUGGCUGAUGGUUCUGAUUUGAAUAGCAACAAUGCAGGAGGUCGGCCCAAGAAGCCAGCUUGGAACAAGCCGUCGAAAGGCGUGGUGGAGGUCAGUCCUCUGGGUGCCAUGUCUUGGCCUGCUUUAUCUGAAUCCGCCAGGGCUUCCUCGAGAUCAUCACCUGACGGUUCUUCCAGAACCGUUUCCGAUGGAUCGGCCUCAACCUCUCAGGGACCUGUAAACCCUCAUUCGGCUCAGAGGCAAGCUCCUGCUAAUGUAAACCCAAAUUCAAUACCAAAUCGUACAACGGCAGGAAUGUCAGGUCGUCAAAAAAACUCUAGGCGUGGCAGUGGUGGGGGAAACAACUCUGGUGGUGGGUCUGUGCAGGGUGGCUUCCCGCACCCUCCACCACCUUCACCCCCACCAUUCCUUGUCCUGCCAUUGCCUCCUGUUAGUGGUUUUCUUCCAGCAAUGCCAGAUCCUUCCCUUCAAGAACCACAGUAUAGACCAGCAGGUGGAUUAGUUUCUCAACCAAAGAUGGUAAAUGAUCACCGUCCCUCUCGGAGAGGAAGUUAUGGAAGAGGAGAUGGUGCAUACCAAAAUAGUUUUGGCAGGCGUGAUCAAGACCGUGGAAAUUAUGGAAAUACACGAGAUGUUCACAUGCAGCCUCAUAGAGGUCAAAAUAGGGGCAUGGUAAGGCCUCCAGGUCCUCCACUACCCAAUGCUCCUAGUUUUGUUCCUCAGCUCGUGAGACCCUUUGGUAAUCCCAUUGGCUAUCCUGAUUUUAUAUAUCUUCGCCCUACCAUGCCUUUGGAGCCCUUCAGGGGUGUUCCACCAUAUAUUGCCCCACCUCAUCCAAUGGUUAUGCAUCCUUCAGAACCUAGUCUUUCUGCAAAGUUGGUGUAUCAAAUAGAUUAUUAUUUCAGUGAUGUUAAUUUGGUAAAAGAUGACUUUUUGAAGUCUAACAUGGAUGAGCAGGGUUGGGUCCCAAUUUUUUUGAUAGCAGGAUUUCCACGGGUUCGGAGUUUGACAACUAAUAUUCAAUCGAUACUGGAUGCUUUGAGGGGUUCAACCAUUGUGGAAGUACAGGGUGACAAAGUGAGAAAGCGAGAUGACUGGAUAAAAUGGAUUUCUUCCUCCAGUCGGGUUUCCUCUGAUUCAGGCUCACUGUCCCGAGCUGGUACAAGCGCAGAGAACCUCGCAGCUGCACUUGAUAAGAUUACAGUAGGGGAACAUGCUACCAAUCCUCACACAGAGGACUCUUCCAGGAGACAUUCAUCUGAAUUGACUGGCCAGUCACAACUCUCUAGUGGGGAAGGUUCUGAAGACAUGUGUUCAAACAAACAGUGAUAAACCUCUGCCACCGCAAAGCACAAUCCUGCAAGGAUGGUGCACUUUUUGGAUUCUAUGGGAUGCAUGAUGCUUUGGAAGGUCUAGAGACUCCUUUUUCUUCAAUUUUAUCUCUUCAUCCCUACUCGGUUUUGGCAGUGUUUUGAUGAGGCAAUUAGAGUUAAAAGAAAAUAAGAAAGAUUUAUAAAUUAUUCUCUCUGAAAGAUAGAGAAAGAGAAGCACUGGAGACAAUAGAGGAUUUAGGUUAAUGUUGGUAUGAGGCUGUUUGGUUGUAUAGUUGGGGCACUCAUACUUCGGUGUUUUUCCUUCUUCUUCUUCUUCUUCUUCUUUUUUUUUUUUUUUUUGAAUUUGAUAUUUUGAUUGAUGGAUGAUGGAUGAUGGAUAAAUGGAUAAGGUCAAGCACUAAGAAGAGGAGGAGAACUAUAAUUGUUCUAAACAUUGCUGAAACUCCACUUUCCAUAAGGAUUUGAACCACUAAGCCUUUUAGUACGUUGUUGCCAGUAAAGUGGUGGCCUGAUG